UCUGUGCCCGACUCCAGUAUCCAUGCAUUAUUUGUUUUCAAUUUCAAAGCAAGAUAUUAUUAUGAUGUGCAGUGUUCUCGUGUUUUUAAACUAAAAUUUAGUUUUGUGGGGAUUUGUUGACGAAAAAACUAUUUACGUAGUGGUGAUAAUACGUGUUAUGAGCUAACAAUUAAACAAACAUGGAUAGCAAGUUUCUUCUAAACAACUUUGGGAAGGGCAGCCUGAAAGUCACCAUCACACCGGCGCAGCCGAAGACCCUAACACAUCUACCGAAACGACCGCCUGUCGAUUUGGCUUUCACGGACUUGACCUACAAGGUCCAGGAAGGGAGAAAGAGCAAUGUGAAGACGAUCCUCAAAUCGGUAUCAGGGAGGUUGCGCUCCGGCGAGCUGACGGCCAUCAUGGGUCCAUCCGGCGCUGGAAAAUCUACUCUGCUCAAUAUCCUCACAGGAUACAAGACAUCGGGGAUGGAAGGCAGUAUCACAGUGAAUGGUAUGGAACGUAACUUAUCGAGUUUCCGCAAGUUAUCGUGCUACAUCAUGCAAGACAACCAACUCCACGGGAAUCUAACAGUCGAAGAGGCUAUGGCGGUCGCAACAUCAUUAAAACUGCCCAGCGCUACGACGCGAGCGGAUAAGGAAGAAGUUAUUCAAGAAAUAUUGGAAACCCUCGGCCUAUCGGAACACCAUAAGACUAUGACAUCAAACUUAUCUGGAGGUCAAAAGAAGCGACUGUCGAUUGCUCUAGAGCUGGUCAAUAAUCCGCCUAUCAUGUUCUUUGACGAGCCUACCUCAGGCCUUGAUAGCUCAUCAUGUUUCCAAUGUAUAUCCCUGUUGAAAACUCUCGCUAGAGGUGGAAGGACUAUCAUUUGUACCAUUCACCAGCCGUCUGCGAGGUUGUUCGAAAUGUUCGAUCAUUUAUACACUUUGGCUGAUGGGCAGUGCGUCUACCAAGGCAGUACCGGCAGAUUGGUGGAAUGGCUCGGGAACCUUAACCUACAAUGCCCUUCGUACCACAACCCUGCUUCCUUCAUCAUUGAGGUGUCGUGUGGUGAAUACGGAGACAAUACUGGGAAACUCGUGAGGGCCAUUGAAAAUGGAAAGAAUGAUAUCAGAACAGGUAUGCCACUACCCAAGCUUCCCGAGUACAACAACAAGAAGGAUAUGGAUAAUUCGCUCAAGAAUGACUGGAACAAAAAUGACGCCUCACAACUCCAAGACAAGGACCUAUCGAUUGGAACAAACGGAACAAACGGAACGAAUGGAACCCUUCAGAACGGUCUCAUUCAGUUCGCGGCGAACGAGAUAGCUAAGGGCAAAGCGGACCCGUUAGUGGUCCAAGUGGACACAGAGAAACAGGAUAACGCGGAAGUGGCGUUGCUCGGCACGGACGGCUCCCCGCGCCGCUACGCCACUUCCGAAUUCAAACAGUUCUGGGUCGUUCUCAAACGUACCCUGCUUUUCAGUCGACGGGAUUGGACGCUGAUGUACCUUCGGCUGUUCGCGCACAUCCUCGUCGGUUUCCUGAUCGGCGCGCUGUACUAUGACAUCGGCGACGACGGCUCGAAGGUUCUCUCCAACCUCGGCUUCCUGUUCUUCAAUAUGCUGUUCCUCAUGUACACGUCCAUGACCAUCACCAUACUUAGCUUCCCCCUCGAGAUGCCUGUGCUGAUAAAGGAACACUUCAACAGAUGGUAUUCGCUUCGGUCGUACUACCUAGCGAUCACAGUCUCCGAUAUACCGUUUCAGGCGAUCUUCUGCGUGAUCUACGUGGUGAUCGUGUACCUACUGACGUCGCAGCCGCUGGAGUGGUUCCGCUUCGCCAUGUUCCUGUCGUCCUGCCUGCUCAUCGCCUUCGUGGCGCAGAGCGUGGGCUUGGUCGUGGGCGCGGCCAUGAACGUGCAGAACGGCGUUUUCCUAGCUCCCGUAAUGUCGGUGCCUUUCCUAUUGUUCAGCGGUUUCUUCGUAUCUUUCAACGCAAUUCCGGUGUACCUACGCUGGAUUACAUACGUGUCGUAUAUUCGAUACGGUUUCGAGGGUACGGCGUUAGCUACGUAUGCCUUCAACCGGACCAAGCUGCAGUGCCACCAGGUGUAUUGCCACUUCAAAAACCCCGAGACAACAUUAGAAGAAUUGGAUAUGAUAAACGCUGAUUUUACCCUCGAUAUAGCAGCUUUAAUCCUAAUCUUCAUAAUUCUCCGUGUAUCAGCUUUCUUAUUCCUUCGUUGGAAACUAAGAUCGACGAGAUAAGUUUAUAUACAAUAUUAUUUUACCGUUAGAACUUAGUUUGUAUGGAAUAAUUUUGAGGGUAGUCAAAUAUUAAAAAAAGUAACGAUGAAUUGUCAGUUUACUUGGAAUAGACGUCUGGGUUCGUAGUUUAAAGAUUUUUCUUGGUUUCUUGAUGAAAUAUGUUGCCUAUAAUUUUUGCAAAGAAUUUGGUUUAUUUUGAUGAUUGGCUUAGAAAUCUUUUUUUUGUUGUUAUUUUAAACUUACCAAUAAUGUGUAAACUAAUUGUUAGUCAAAUGAUGUAUAGAAUAGACUCAGUUGUUUAUGUAAAGACGAAAUAUGAUUCGUAUUUUUAACAUAUUUAUGGAUUGAUAAUUUAUCUUUGCUUUUUUACAAUAUUAUCGACCCCGUUAUGAGGUUCUAUGUCGCCGUAGACUCGUGUCUUGAGAGCGAAGAUCGAACGCAGUUAUUGUGAUAAUAUAUGGCUUUCGAAUAAGAUAUACAUAUACAGUCUGUAACACGAAAGAAAAACCUGAGAUAAUUACUUUUUGUAUAUGGCAACAUUAUGUAAUGUUACAAAGGUUAUUUACCUGCAUUAUAAUUAGCUUGUUUUAGUUUGAUACUUAAAAAAAUCUACCAUUUUUUAUUACAAGUAUGCUUUGAUUAAAAAUAAUUAUUCAAGCGUUUCAGUUGAUAUUACAGAUCAAUAUUUUCCUUUUUUUUAAUUACUCUUUCUACUGUAUAAUAAUACUAUAGAAUUGAUUAUAUUACUUUCUACUAUCAAACUUAAUAUUUAAUAUCAAUGUAUAGAACUUAGGGCUGCCAUAUAAAACAAAUAUUGUGAUUUCUGCAAGUUUCUACUUUCGUGUGUAAGACGAUAGAGAAUGAUAUGUUAAUGAAAUCCACGAUAUUUGAUUAUUAUAUCGUAUUAAUCGUUGGAACAUGACAAUUAUUGAAUACAAAAGCUAUGUACAAAGUGCCUUCGAUGUUUUAUAUUUAUUGCUUUACAUGUGAUAGUAAUGCCUGUCCUAGUUGUUAUGUCUAUCUUACCCGUUGAAUUUUAUAUGAUUGACAUUGACAGCUAAAUUUUGACAUUACGAUACAGAUAACAGAAGACUAAAUAAAAUUUUGAUAUAUUUUUUUCUUAAAUUAUUUAUAUUUUUUAUUUUCGAGAGCAUCUUUGAUAUAUGAUUUUAAUAGAUGAUUUUGUGAUAUAUAAGGUGCUCAUUCCAAUAUGAUGGUUCGGGUCAGUUUUUUAUAUAAUAUUUAAAGUGUAUUUAUCAAUGUUAUUUGUGUUGGCUACAUUAACUGUUUUGUAUUAUAUUUUGUAACACAAACUACUUUUUUUUAAAUGGCAAUUAGUUUGAAGGAAACAUAUUUUGUGGUUAAAUUAAGUUAUCAAAAAGUGAUAAAUAGCUAUAUGGGCUUUAAAAAUUGUAACUUGCUUCUCAAAACUAUCUAAAAUUGGUGAUUAGUUCUAAGAAAAUGUUAAUACAUAAGUAAAUAUUUAUAUAAAAAGUGUGUGUAAUUCAUUCGUAUAAUAUUUCUAACGAUUUCCUACAUACUGUUUUUUUUUUUAUAACGUGUCUGCUUUUUACUUUUACUGCACAUAAAAAAAAUAAAAACUAAAUCGCUUUAAAUUUUAGCUAAAUUUUUCAUAUGAAAAGUUGUAGUUUCGUACAUAAGUUACUGAUGGGUUACCAAUUUUAUCAAAAAGAGGAGAAAUAAGGCCUAGUUAUCUUAAUAGCAUUAGAUUUUAUUGCAACAGAUUAAAAUAAUUAGAAUUUUUUAUUAAUGUUGUGUUUUACUGAGCUUAUCAUCAAUAUAAAACAGUUUGUGCAGUCUAAAUAUGCUUAUGUUGCUCAUUUAUUGUUUCUUGCCUUUUCAUUUGCCUAUUAAAUUCGUUCUAAUGGUAGUCAAAUAUGAACAAUCGUUAUUCAGUAACAACAUUAUUGGCCGGUUUCUAUGUUCAAAAACACAACACAAUAUGUUCGUAAAUUCGAACACGAUAUGUUCGUAAAUCGAAAGCGAACACGAUAUGUUCGUUAUUCGAAAUUCGAACGCGAUACGACCGUAAUUAGACAUUCGAACACAACAUAUUCGUAAUUUAACGAUUCGUUAUCAAAACGAAUCGUUUUUUUAAUAUAGGAACCGGAUUAGUAUGAAUAUGAAAUAUGUUAAUAAUAAUUGUAUAAGUUUUUAAUUGGUUGAAUGUAUUUUGUAAACAUUAUUUCAUGGCUCAAAAAAUUGGUUAACUAGUAGAAAUGUAUGCAUAUUAUUGAUAUUUCUAUUAAUUAUUAUUGUAAUAUUUAGUUAUGUUUCGAUGUCUUUUGUAUCUUAUAUUUUAAGACUUAAAUUAAUUUUGAAUAAAUUCUCGAUCAAAUACGUGUGGAUACUGUCAUAUAUUUUAUUAUUUUCUAAUAGAUUGUUGUCCAUACAUAUUGAAUAGGAUAUAUAUGAGGUCAAUUAUCAAAAGCUGGCAUGUACUUAGUACUUAUCAAUUGAAUUUUAUUAUACACUGUGUUUAAAUUAGACAACAAUAAAUCCUCUGAUUGAAAGAACCCGCUGUAUUUCAUCUAUAGUGAGAGUGAGAUAAAAUGAUGGUUGUCGCGUACUAGUGACGUCAUUUCUUUCGUUCACAGAUCCGCACAAUAUGUGAAUGUUGCGUGCCAGUUUUAGAUAAUGAACCUUCAAAAAAGUCGGCUACCGCAUUGUAUGUGAUAUAUAAAGAAAGACAGUAAAACAAAUUUAUAUAUAUAUGUGAAGACUUAACUAGGGUACGUGGUUAUAUUGUAUGUGUACUUAGUUGUGUAAUCGCAUAGAGAAAUUAUGGUCCAAUAAAUAUUACGGUUAGUUAAUGGUUUUAGUUUUAACGAUGUUCUAUAUUUUUUUAUUAAAUGGUUUAAUAAUAUAAA